GGUGCGAAGUGAUCUUAAUCCGAUCAAAACACAGACCUCGUUCAGGAUGAGACGUUUGGUGGUGUUUAUCGCUCUAUUUGCGGCGGCAGUGGCGGCCCCUCAAUAUUUGGUGCAUCCUGCUUACUCUCCUGGUGUCGAGUUGGAAGCUCUUGGUAGUCUUCUAGAUACCGCUGAGUUUACAUAUCCUAGAGCACUGCAAGGACAUAUUCUCAAGAAGAGAUCCGUGCUUCCAGUUUCAUAUUCUUUACCAUCUGCAGUAUCGCAUCAAUCUCGUGUGGAUGUUCGUACUUCUCCAGCUGUAGUAGCUACCGCUCCCGUUGUCCAAAAUGUUGUGGCUGCUCCGGUAGUCGGCGAGCCAGCAAUAGUGGAGGCGCGUGCGGUGUACUCUGCACCCGUUGCUGUCUCCCAUCAGUCACGAGUUGAUGUACGUGCUACACCUGCCGUAGUGGCUCCCGUGGUAGCGUCUCGUGCUGUGGUACCUCCUCCUGCUGUUGUUGCUCAACCCAUUGUGGCACGUUCGUACAUUCCUGCCAGUACAGUAUAUGCUGGAGGAUCUGCUGUCACUCAUCAAUCUCGUAUCGAUGUAGAAACCUCGCCUGCUGUGGUAACUGAAGAAAUACUAACACCAACUCUUGUGGAAAGUCGAUCAGUGUUAGCGCCUUCAGUAUACAGUACCAUAUGGUGAAGCAAAAGAUUCUGAAACGAAACGAUUGUAUUAUUUUUG